ACCGAGCGUAUUCACUUUAACAACGUACCACGCGUAGGUAGAUUUCUUGUACCCGCCACCGUUUCCUUCGUCCACCGACUCGACACAUCCUUUGCCUUUGCGAAUACGACCACGAGAAGGAUGAAAAACGGAAAUUUUCUUAAAAUCCUCGUGUCCUCGUGUCAUCUACGAUACUCUUGGAGGAAGAAGCUGGACGAUGAUAGCGAUUAACGACCGUUUGUUAAGAAUAAACGAGUCGCUCGCAUCGAAGUCUCCAGACACGAACUUGACGAACUUGACGAACGUUUCCUUUGGAUAAAUAAAAGAAGACUAAGGAAUCAGAUGGCCAGCCUCGAUAUGCAACAACAGACCGUUUUAAGCGAAAUUGUUGAAAACGAAAGAGCGCAAGAGGAAAUUGAGUUGACUGAACUACUGCCGGUGAAACAGUGUGAAAUCAGCGAAGAAAAUGUAAUUUUUGCGCAAGCUAACUUUAGCGUGAACGCGGAAGUGGACGCAAGCACGAGCGAUGCUUUAAAAGUACUUGCAAGUUUCGGUAUCGCCGACGAAUGCAAGAAGGAACAGUUUUCUAGAAGAAUUCUACAACGAGCAGGGAAACAGGCUCGCGGACAUGGUCGAGGAGAAAAGCAACGGAAGCAGAUCGACGAGUACGUUGGUAAGAGUAGCGACGACAACGAGAUCGAUCUUACCGCUAGCCACAUGAAACUAGUUAAUCAAACGUUCGAAGAUGACGGGGCGAAAAGGAAAAGAAAACGGGUGGGUAGGAAGGAGGAAGAGUCGAUAAACGUUUACCUCAGCCACGGGAAAAGAAAUUUCUUGAUGGAAUACAACGAAGAAGAACCAACUUAUCUGGAUCUUGACAAAAAUAAUCAUGCGAACGAUGAAAUUUACGUGUUUCGUCGCGAACCUCUGGAUUCGGAACAGAGAAGAAACAGAAACAGAAAUUCGAUUAAAGCAAAUGAGGUUUACGAAAAUAAUUACCAUCCAUCGACAACCACCGAUGGCGCGUUGUUUGAUCGCAUGGCGAUAUCUUGCCGAAAGAGAAACGUUGAGAAACGAAUCGAAGAGAAGGUAGGAAAUCGGUCGAACCCUAUCGUCGAAGAAAAUUAUCUCGACGAGGGGGAAAACAACAACAUGGUGCGAUCGAAUCGAUUAAAAAUUGAAAACGAAAUGAACGAAAUUAACGAAGAGGAGAAGGAUGGCGACGAUGACGAGGUCGAUACAGAUAUUUCCAAGGAAGAGAGUCGGCAGAAAAAGUAUUGUUGCGUCGUCUGCGAAGCUCGGUUCAAAGGUAGCGGUGGACUUCGUAAUCAUUACAAAAUCGUGCACGGAGCUGGACCGGUGUUCAAGUGCGACGAGUGCGGUAAAGAAUUUCCGUUGAAGGAAAGAUUAAAGCUACACGUGAGAACGCAUACCGGCUUCAAGCCGUACAAAUGUUGCGAAUGCGACAAGAGCUUCGCCAGGGGAGGACAGCUGGUGCAGCAUCGGCGCACUCACAGUCAGGUAAAACCGUAUCGUUGCGGCCUCUGUUCCGGCACGUUCACCUGCGCGGCCAAUCUUGCGUUGCACGUAAAACGUCACAAUGGCCAAAAAGAUCACAAGUGCGAAAUUUGCGGUCGUGCGUUCGUUCGACGAGACGCUCUGAAGAAACAUCUCGAGUGCCUUCACAGAGACGUGAAAUCGUUUCUUUGCGUGAUUUGCAACAAAACUUUCAAGGGUCAUUUACCUCAGCACAUGAGGACGCACGCGCGCGAUCGACCCCAUGGAUGCGCGACUUGUGGCCAAAGAUUCGCUCAAAAGUCUCAGCUGACGGUACACCAAAGGACUCAUUCCGGACAGAGGCCGUUCAGGUGUUUGGUCUGUUGGCAGGCGUUCGCGCAUUCGACCGCGCUCAAGUUGCACACUAGAAGGCACACCGGCGAACGACCGUUCAAAUGCGCCGAGUGCAACGCCGGCUUUACACAGUUACCCCAUUGGAAGAAACACAUGAAAUGUAUUCACGGCCGAAACGAGCCGUACGCCUGCAACAAGUGUAAAAGUUUCUUUCGAAUCAAAAACGAUUUGGAAUGUCACGAAAAAACUUGUCAUCCCGAGUUUGCGAUCAUCUCUCACGAUCUUCACGACCAUCCUGACCAUCCUGACCAUUCGAACCCUCGAGGCUCGUCGACCAAUCCAUCGGUGGCGGCGGCGGCGGCGGCGGCGGCGGCGGAUGCUUUCACACCACCACCCCCGCCGCCACCGCUACCACCGCCCUUUUCCAACGAGCUCGUCGACAAGCAUUCUUCACCGCCUUCAAAGUAUCGCUUGAUGACCGUCGAGCGGAUGAGACUGUUGCUCGCGGUUUUGCUCAAGAGGAUCAGUAAACAGGAGAGACUGGACGAGCUAGGUUUCGGCAAAAGACUGAUCGAUCAAGUCCUUCACGAUUCUCUCAUAUCCGCCGGUAAAGAUCCGGUAGCGAGCCACGGUCUCUCCGAACUCGAGACUCUGACGAAAAAUCUCGAGAUAUUUCUAAAAUGGACCGUACCGAAAGAACACUGGGAACAUUUUCGUCGGUUAAACAAAACUCCCGAAGAUAUCUUGGAAACGCUUACCGCUACCUAAAUCAAUCUAAAUCAAACUAAAUCAAACUAAACGACACCAAAGAUUAUCGAAACGACCACGAACUUCUUUUCUUAAAAUCAACGGAAAAAUAUAGAAAUUCGUAGUCGAUCCGAUCCGAUCCGAUCCGAUCCGAUCGUGCGAAUAGUAGAAUAUAAAGGGAUAAAGCGAUAAAGGGACAAGGAAAACAAGAGAGAGCGAGAGACUAUUUUAUUAAUUGUUCGUUGUAACGUACCGUAGAUAACGAAAACGUUAGUAACGAUUUAUCAAAAACGUGACGCGCACACAUCGUUUACGUUUACGUUUACGUUUACGUUUACGUUUACGUUUCGUUUAAAGUUAAUACGUGCUAGUCCAAAGUGCAAACGCUAUAUUUAUGAUAACGUUUUAAGCUGAUUAUUCGUUACCUUGCACUCUUCGAUUCUCUAACAAAUCUAUCUAUUUAAUAAGAAAAAAAUCGACUGAUUUACUACUUAGCUUUCCAAAGAAAAGUUCGCGAUAAUGUCGUGUUUCAUCUUGUUGUUGCCAUUUUUUUAUUUCUUAUUUUUUAUUUUAUUUCCAUUUAACUAUGGAAAAUAGCUAAUGAAUUUUCCGUGUGAUAAGUUAAUUUAAUUAACGCGUCGAGUGCCAUACCGUUCGCAUCAAAUAAUUACGAAUGCUGUAAAACAUGCUAUGCGAAGCGGUUCAUUUUUUUUUCUUCUGUAAUAUACUCGUAUUAAAAAGACGAGAAUCGCGUUUCGCUAGUAAUCGUAAAUUACUAGGAUCUAAUUACGUAUGUCGGCUUACCCGCGAAAGAGGCUUACAUGCGUGUUCCUUUAAACUUUAAACGUAUCUAAAAAUAUUCUUCUAGCAAAGAACGCGUUAACAGCGUUUUGCAAUUUUUUUUUUUUUUUCUUCUUCUUCUUCACGGUGCCAUUAAUCGUUAUUCAACUUUUUCUUGCCAUUUUCUAAACAUCAACGAACAUAUUAUUAUAAUUGUAAUGUGUUCUUAUUUCGUGCGAGUCGUAGCUAUGUACAUAUUAUUACGGUUAAAAGUAUUCAGUUUGUAACAAACAAAUGUCUGUUUUUCCACCAAAGAAAGAAAGCAAACAGCAGUGGGGAAAAAGAAAUAUAAAGGGAGAAGGAACGUUAAGACGGUUCUUGCCAGAUUUCUUAGCAUUUACAAUUUAAAUACCACUUUGGAUCUCCUUAGGUGAUCUGUACAUACAUAUGUAUAUGUAUAUGUCCUAAAUCGAAGAGGCUAAAAUGAUAUGCUACAUUUAUACAUAAUUUCUUUUCUUUUCUUUUCUUUUCUUUCUUGCAAUACACUUCUCUUUCAUAACGCGUAAAAAAGAAAACACCGCCUUUUCGCGAUCAGAGAUAAUUGAAACUCGGAAAGAACGGAGACUUUAAUGCCUAUGGGUGUGUUCUAUCAUACUUCUUACCAGCGUAAUUCUCAUUAACGCGCGUUAUUCGAUUUCACCGAAUGUUCGCUUAUUCGCGUAUUCUCCACGCGUUUUUACUUCUUUACGCGCCUACUUUUAAAACGCGACAUUCUUUAGGUAGGUAUAAGUAAAUGUGACCAGACAAUAAUGAUGAAGAUUGCAAAAUAUAUAUACACUUGGAUAGAUAUCGCGUACGCGCAAAAUCACACACAUAGUAUAUAAAUAUUAGCGAAUGAACAAAAAUAUACGUAUAUAUUAGAUAUACAUGUUAUAUUAUCGUACGACAAAUACAAAUAGAGACAAGAUAGUGAUAAAUAUACGUUUGUAUGUUCCCUAUCGCAUUAGCAUUAUAAUAAUGCCAUUUGAAUUUCUUUGAAAAAGGUUUGAACGUUCUAUGAAACGUGUAGCAAGGUGCUAUUCUUUUCGUCGUCAUUGUUCGUUUUGCCGGGCAAACCCUGUCCGAAUCGAGGUUUCAAGAAUAAGAACGAUGAGAAGCCGUUUAUUCAUUUUCCAGAUGAAUGAAUGUUCGUUUGUUCGUUUGUUCGUUUGAGAACGCAUAAUAUCGUUGAAAUAAAUUCACCUUGCUCUGCGCGUCCAAGUUUAAUAGCAAAUCGCGAAAUUGUACGUCACGAAAUUUAUUCGAAAGAUCGAAAUCUACUUUUCCGCCCGGUAUAGAAAUGCAAAUAAACCUUGUCGAAAGCAUUGAAUAUAGAUCGAGGUCAAAGGAGAACUCGACGAAUACGGUACAAUUCGAGCGGAGAUUUCAAUGUUUCGACCUUUAAUUUCACUCGAUUUAAGUUAGACGACGGUGCCAAAGCAACAAUUUUUUAUUCACCUUGACACACGAUGGCUUGUGUGGUCAAUUGUUAUAUGUUUCUUCUCGCGAUUUCGAACAAACGUUAUUUCACAUUUAUAUUUUGCACUCUCCUUUGUAGUUUUCUGUUGAGCGCAUUAUCGAAAAUAUUUAAAGUUAUAUUUAUCGUUUUUUGUUAUACGCGUGCACGUAAGGACGUGCACGCGUGCCUGUUAUCCGCAUUCUAUUAUAUUAUAUUAUAUUAUAUUAUAUUAUAUUAUAUUAUAUUACAUUAUAUAUAAUACAUAUUGUACUGUACAGUUGAAACGGUCAUUCAAAUAAAAUGUUUUCUCUUCCUUUCUA